ACGUCGAGCCUCGGCCGCGAGGUCCGUUGUGGCUGUCAGUACUACCAGAGCGACUCGCUUCUGCCGGAACGACGUGCUCUCCACGGUAGACCGCCGUCCAGGACGAUGCAGCAGCCACCUGCGGUCCGCUGCAGGUAUCCCACACGCAUAGAUACCAGUCGAUGUUGUAUAUGUUGCGCGUCUCGACUAUGCUCGCGUUCCACCGUAGCUAUUUAAGGUUCGCCCGGCUGGCUAUACAUAGAAUCCUCGGUCAGCUCGGUUCCGCAUCCAAACUCCUCUCGUAUCCCUCUGUCUAUCUUUCCAAUGAUAUAUAUGAAUAUACCUAUGGGUGGAGACAGUGGAUGGCUGUAACGUACAGGUGUUCAUGAUUGGAAAUCUGCGUAUAUGUAUGUGAGUAUAAAUAAUUGUAGAUGUACAUGUGGAUAAAUGGUAUGAAUGUAAAUAUAUACUUUUGUUCAUAAAUUAUUCGAUAUCUAGUACAUUGAGGAUAAGAAUAAAUUUUGUUACAAUUAUGAAAGGGAAUUGACACUUGUUAAUCAUUUAUAUUACAAAACAAACUAUAUUAUAUUAUAAUUACCAUAUAUCUUAAAACUUUGACACAAACUUUAUGUUUUUAAAUAUUUUCUUUAAAAUUAGCGAGUGACUGAUGAAUAAGUAUGAAUAUGAGAAAUGUACACGUGUAGGUAUAAUUUGAUGGAUAGAGAGGGGGUUGAUGACUGUCGGAAGCGAAAGGGUGCGAUUCUAACCUCCAAGUUUAAACUCGAUGAAAGGGAUGGAUGAAUAGACACGACGCGAUUAAGUGGGCAUCGAGUCAUUGUAUGGCGAUAAUAGCAACACUGGUAUCGAUGAUCGGUCUGUGGAAGGAAAGUCGUGAUAACGCUCAACCAAUCAGGACAAAGAUAACAAGGGAUUCUGUGUCGAGGAUUCUUCAAGAUAACCGAGACGAGCACGAGUACGAACCGAUCGCGGCGCCGUCGCCAUCGCCAAAGCCGGCGACGGCGCCGGUCGUGCGAAUCAUCGACACGGAUGUGGUGCCCGUCGCUGACAGCGACGACAGCAUCGACGACCGGGCAAGGCUACCGCCGGAGCUGACACGGGCCGGCGAUGUCGUCCUCCCGUUGGACGGCAAGAUCGAGGACACCGCGAUGGAAGCUCGCGAGCUUGUGGAAACCGGCGACACCUCUGAAGAAUUGGAGACCCCGCAACAACUGCAGGAGCGGCUCGAGGAACGAUUUUUAAGCGCUGCUACUCCAAGCGCUGAGUCCAGGACCGAUGGAGAGGUCAACACUAGUCAAGUAGACUCGUUGGCAUUGGAGGAACUUCCUCUCCGUCGCGGUGCUCGCGGUUUGCCCCAACGGCUAAAAACGCAGGCUAACAAGCUACGUUCGCGUCUGAAAAACAUGCAACGACCUACGUUCGCCUUCACUGAGCGACAAAAGCAAGACAAGGCCAGGACGACAAGCAGCGGCCGCUCGGACAGGUCCAGAUCCGAUAAGAGACCCAGUCGAAUGGAUAGAAUACGAUCUUCCUUCUCAGAAAGACCUAGAUUUAGCUUACCUGAUCGUCCGAGGUUAUCCUUGCCAGACAAAUCAAAAUUUCAUUUACCCGAGCGACCGAAAUUCAACUUUCCUGAAAAGGCAAAAUUCCAUCUACCUGAGAAAGCAAAGUUCAAUAUCAAGAAGCCUAACAUUCGACUACCUAACGCUCUGACUCGCAAGAAAUCCCCUGUUCACGAACAGCGAUCUACAGAUUCCACGAUGGGCUCCAAGAAGAAUAUCUUCGACUUUCCUACUUAUCCGCGGAUAUUCGAUAAAAAAUCAAAGAGCAGAGGCGAAUACGCGACCUCUACGCCAAAAGAUUCGAGGGCACAGUCAGCAGAGAGUGCUACGUUUCCACGGACACGUAAAAGAACCGACAGAUGGACUCAGAGAUUUAGCAAGACCACUACUUUUGGCGACGAGGAACAAUCGAAUGGAGAAUCUGCGGCAGAAAGAGCUCAACCUUGGCGACACCCUUCCGUGGAAAUGCCUAGAUUGUCUAUGAGCGAAGAAGGAGCAGUGACGAUACCCUGGGAAGAGAAACACAGGGAAGAAGAGUUUCAAUAUAUGGAUUAUGAACAGGAAUCCCCAGAAAUUUCUGAUCGUCAGCCGCAUCCAAGAUCAGAAACUUCCAGGACAGAAGAAGAAUCGUAUAACAGAGAUAGACCAGAGUCAGAUCUGAUAUUGUAUCCAACUGAAAAGGAAAUAUAUCAACGUGGUGCUAGAGAAGAAGAUGUGGAAGAAGAUCAAGAAGAUUGGAGACCAGAGGAAAAGAUACCUAAAAAGCAAUUCAGACAUAUUCCAAGAUCCAGAUCCUUAGAAGAAGUUCUUCAAGCCAGGCAAGAGGGUUAUGAAGGAUCUUUUGCGAUGAUGGAUCCAAGAAGAUAUGGAGUACACAAGACACCAUCCGAAGAAGAAGAAUACGAAGAAGACAUGGAUGAAGACGAGGAACCUGAACCAUCAUCCGCUCAAUCGGAUAGAGAGCAACAACAUUCGAGUACCAGCUCCUGUGAUCGACGUCGACAUGGGGUUAUUGAAGAAAUUGAUUCCGACGAGUUCUUUCUACGAGAACGUGGACUCAGUCAGGAUGACAUGACUCUUGGUAAAUAUUUAAAUAGUGAAAUCAGAGAUGUUUUGAGAACAGAAGGAAAUGUUUUAGCCAAUGACGACAUGGUACCAAUUCCUCCCAUGAGAAAGAGGUCAAUAAGAAAGCAAAAAGAAGGUUCCGCGGAGUCGUAUGAUGUAAUGCCACCAGUCAGGCCAAAAAGGGAUCCAAACAAGGUACGUCGGAGCGAAUCUACGGAUGAACAGUUCCGUGAUCAAACCAGUAGCGACUCCAGACACAGGAUAGUCUAUCAGACAGAAGGAGAACCUGCGAAACUUCCAAUUGAGCCGUUGGACGAUAUUGUAGUAGUGAAGCCUAUGCGCAGAAAAUCUAAAUCCUUACAACGCAGUCAAUCACAACUUCUUGUGGAUAUUCCUCAUCCACCAUCACCAACGCCAGUGGCACCAACUCGACGGAAACGAUUGCGUAAGGAACCUAUUUGCAAUGGACACACCGAUUGGACCAGUGAUUCUGCCCCUGAGAAACCUCUUCCAUUGCCACCUACAAUGACCACAGAACAAUUAGAGAAACAAGAGGUAUACACGGCUGAAGAAAUCAUGACAACAAGUGAAGAGAAUAUUCAGAAGUUUGGAACGAGACUUCAAGGAGAAAAAUAUGUGGAGCCAGCACCUAUACCACCAAAAAGAAGAUCUAGGUCUAGGGGAACUUCUGUAGCACUUGAUGAAGAUAGGACAUCUCAUGGUGCAGAGUCAUUGCCAGAAGCUGGUUAUGUGGAGGAGGAUAUUCCACGAGAUGAUCUUGAUCUAGGAAGAGAAUUAAUAGGUUAUGCCAUUAUAGAAAAACGAGAGAAGCCACCUAGACCUCCUCCUCCGAGGAGAAAGAGAGACAAGUUUGCUACUACUCCCAGAUCUGUUCCUCCUAAACGUCCCCAAAGAGCGUACAGUACUCUUGGCCCAGCUAAAUCUAAGGAGACUAAUAUAUUAACUGACGAUACUUAUGAUAUGACCCUGCAAGAAACUGAAUCUACUCCUUACAUAGAAAUCGACUCCGAUGAUGGAGAACACAAAGACCUCCGUAGCAGUGAAGUUCUGAGUAAAAUGCAGGGACGACCACUGCCAGCUCCGCCUAGACCACCAAGAUCUAGAAAAGAUAGAUCUAUAGAAAGAUCCACUCGUGAGAUACAACAGGAAAUUGCUAUGGAAACGACCACUGCCACGCAGACAGAUCCCUUACCUGAUGACAUGGUGAUAGAGGAAGAAGUAACACAGGCGAAGCUACUUGUAGCACCAUCUAGCUCAGGCUCCCAGAUUAUGGUAUCCACAGAGAGAAUACCCAGUCCAUCAAGUAUGAGCACACCACCUGUUCCUCCUUUACCAAUGUCUCAAAGACUACGCAAGGAUGAACAACUAGAACCUUCAUACGAUACUGUCUCAUUAAAAUCUCCAUCUCCAACUAGAGAAAUGGAAGCUUUUGAGGAUAAACACUUAUCCGCGCCACAUCUAGGUGAACCGAUUCAUAGCGACGAAGACACGCAUUUAAAGUCCAUUAGAUCCGCCCUGUUUUCAGAUGAGCCUGUGAGGAUCAGCAAUCUAGAAGUUGCUGACCUAAGAGUGGAUCGUCUGAGCGUUUCCCAAAUUGAAGCUGGUAAAAUCGUUGCAUCUGAAGUGGAUGCAUUGGUCGUUACUGCGUCUGAGUUGAAGAACAUAGGUGGCAGCAUGGAGGAGAGUCUGUCUCCUUCUAUUAUUAGGGAGUUGAUGGCUAUAAGAAGCCAUUUGGAGACUGUAGCUGCAUCCAGGAUUCAGGGUCAGAAGGAAGAGAGCAAAACGAUUGAAGUGAAGACAGACAUUCCCGUUGCACAGAGGCAGAGCGUCGAAAGGAAGCCUGAAGAAGAAGAGGAAGAGAAACCAAAGAGCGAGGAUCAAAAGGUUGUUAGAAAAAAAGCAAAGGAUACAUCAAGCACACAUACACUAUCGGUCGCGCAGGUAGAGGACAAAGAGUCGACACACACCCUAGCAAUUUCGCAAGUAGUACCGAGUGACAAAGAUACUCCUAGUACACAAACAUUACUAAUUGGUCAGGGUACUGAAGAUAAGUCCUUACGAAUUCUAGAUACAGAAACCUCUCUUUCAUUGAGCCCGGAUACUACUAAGGAGUUCAACAUGGAAGAAUCCCGCGCGUCCCUUCCCCCAUCCGUAACGACCGUCAUGGAAGAGAGAACGGAGCCCAGGGCGUCUCUGGAUCUCUUGUCCGAAACUAGCAACGAACCAAUGGACCCCACCUUCGACUCUAAACCUUCAGAGUCGCAAGAAUUUUUGAUGUCACAGGAAAAGGACAAAGAGACUUCGCCAGAAAUCAGCGAAUGGAAAAUACGAAAGUCAAGGUCCAGGUCGCCAUCUCCAAUAGGUAUCCCUAGAACACGACAGACUGCUUCUCCAGUUAGAUCACUACCACCUGCCAUCUCUGUGACUCCGGACACACCAGACAGUAUCGUGAGUCACGGUAUUACCAACGAGAUGCAGCCGCAACGUGCUGUAAUUUCUUACACUUCAUACACAGAUCAGUCGGACAGAGAGAGUCAAAGAGAAUCGUCCCAAUCGCCAAUUCCUCCCUUUCCUAUAGGAGGCACUCAUUUCAUAGCGUUUCCAGCUUCACAAGUUCCGUCACAAUUUUUAUCCCUGGCCAAUCCUAGCCCUGACACAGAACCGAGUAUUGCAGACAGUACCAGGCAAUUGAUCAGAGUUCUUCGAUUAGCUGGUUUAAAAGUUAUGAGACAUUUUGUGGGAUAUAUGUCGUCUAUGGUGGGAGAGGAGUCGAGGGAGAAGAUCAGAGAAGUAGAACUAACGCUGUGUGCAUUGUUGCUCCUGGUUGCUGGCUUAUUGAUAUUCUUCUUCAGCAACCCUCGAACAGUUACGCAUCAUCAUCAUUGGGACUAUUUUAACCCACCAAAAUAAUAAGGUACAGAUGGUGUAAGAAGACUAUCUACAAAUAGAAUCUAUGCUAUUAUGUUUGUUUCAAUUGUCCGUUUCAAAGUGAUUUUAUAUACGCAUAAUGGGCAUUCUAUUUUUACGAUCGAUAGGGAAUAAGAAAGUAGACCUAAUACUUGCAGUAGAGUAAUAAGUACACGUAUUUAAGGACAAUGAAGAUUUGGUCAUGCAAUUAAGUAGUUAGGUUUGUACUCUAUAGUUAAUUGUUGAACGCUUGUUAUGUGUUGGACAAAUAUGUAUGAGUUACAGCCAAUCAACUGACUGAUCAACUUUUCCCAGGCGAAUAUUCAUUAUGUUAAAUGAUACAUGAGAAAGAAAUAACACCUACCAUAAUUUGCUAUGAAAAUACUUGUAUUUAAUUUUUUAAGCAAUGAAUAUGUAUAAAUACAAUGUAUAUACAUACAUAUAUACCAUGUAUGUGUAUAUGUAUAAUUCAAUUACAGAUACCUAUUACCAAAAACAAAUUUUUUCAACGACUAUUUUUUUAUCGACACAGAGACUUUGUAGAAAAAGAUCAAAUACGAAAUAUCAUCUAAAACUCAGCGAUCGACAAAGUAUAAUACAUGAAAAAAAAUAAGACAAAGUUUUUUAUGUCUUGUUUAACCAUUUGACUAGAUACGAAUAUACAAUAUAAGCGUCGCAUCAUAACAGUUAAGAUGCACGAUUUGAAGAAAAUAUUUUUUGAUACCUUACAAACAUUAAAGGCUAUGUACAAUUUUAUUUUAAAGUAAGAUUCCAUAUACUGUAACAACAAUAGACUCUAAGAAAACAUAGAAAAAUUAAAAAAUAUUGCGUUCACACAAAAA